AUGCGCCGCGCGCUCCUCGACCGGCUCAGCAGCACCACGCUGAGCGAGACAGCAGUGGCCAGCGAGGGCCUGCUGCCCGCGCCGGUAGAUGUCGCCCCCUACUGCAGUGUGGUGGCCAACGGGACCUGCGGGGAGCGGGGCGAGGAGGAGUUCUGUAGGGAGACGCCGGGCAAACGCGGCAUAGCAUGCGACGUGUGCGAGGGCCCUGAAGGAUCUGCCUCUCGUCAGCACCCAGCGAGCCUGGCGAUCGAUGGAGACCCUGCGACCUGGUGGCAGACUCCCACCCUGGCUGCUGGCGAGGAGUACCGGCAUGUGGAGUUUGUAGCUACACUGCCUGAUAAAAUGGAGCUACUGCACGUGAUAAUAAAGUCGGGACCGUCACCGCGACCUUUAGCCUGGUCUCUCGAAGUGUCCCCUACAGAAGCAGCAGAUGACUGGCGCCUGCUCCGAGCGUUUGGAGAUAGGGACCACUGCAAGAAGCUCUGGGACCUCCGACCAGAGAGGAAACGGAGGAAGGUCCGAGCGCAAAAGGGAAAAGAAAAAGUGUCCUGUUCCACGCAGUUUGCGAAUCCUAAACCUGUGGAGAAUGGAGAGAUGCACGUAGCAAUCGGGGAAGGAGUAACGGUGCGGCGCGUGCGCAUAUCAUUCAGAGCAACGCAUGCAUUACCGCAUAACUACUACACUGUCAGGGAACUGACGCUGGCCGCGAGAUGUCUCUGCCACGGACAUGCUAGUCAUUGCAAUGUUAACGAUAAGGGAGCAAAAUGCGACUGUCUCCACGGCACUUGCGGAGGGCACUGCCAGCGCUGCUGCUCCGGCUCCAAGUGGCAGCCGCACCGGCCCUGUGCCCCCUCUGGGGACUGCUCCUGCGGGGAGCGGGGGGAGUGCGCGUUCGAUGAUACCGGAGAUGUGCUGUGUGUUAAUUGUACUGAUAAUCGCGCUGGGCCACUUUGUGAUCGAUGCUUGGUUGGCUUUUAUAACGCGCUCCCUGACGGACCUUGCGUGCCGUGUGACUGCGAUCCUGAAGGUUCUGAUGGAUCAUGUAACUGGGACAAACAGCAGCAGCGUGUCCUCUGCACCUGUCACGCUGGCUUCUCAGGUCCGAAGUGCGAAUCAUGCGAAGACAUUAACGCUGUAUUCCCAAACUGUGUGGUGGAUGACACCACGCCAUCGUGCAAGUGCGACCCCAGGGGCAUUGUGGAUCCUAGUAGAGUUUGUGAAGACGUUUGUGAAUGUAAGGCAAACGUAAUAGGCGAACGUUGUGACGAAUGUGCUUCAGGAUAUUUCGGUCUAAGCGCAGAUUUAGCAGAUGGAUGCUUGCCAUGUUAUUGUUCCCAUCUCGCUGAGACGUGUCGCGUGAACCAUAGAGCACAUAUGCACCCUGACGUGGUGUUGCCUAUGGGAGAGGCGUGGCUCAUCAGUGACGCAGCGCUCAACGAGACCCUGGAGCCUUCAGUGGAUGAGCAGGGAAAGCCUUAUCUGAUUACUUAUGAGGUAGAAGGAUGGGAAUCAUUUUACUGGUUGACAAACUCGUUCAGUGGGGAGCAGCUAGAGGCUUAUGGGAGCGAAGUCAAAACGAGUAUGUACUGGAGCGUGGCGCGAGGAGACACUGGAGGUAGCCCCACUGUAGGGCCUGAUGUCAUUCUGGUGGCAAAUGAUGGCAGAAAACUGACGUACAUAAACAGCAGUCACGAGUUCCCCGGUCAGUUGGAACUGAGUGUGGUCCUGGUGGAAGGCAACUGGUACUUGGAGAAUGAACUAGCAACCAGGACACAGUUAUUGGAUGUUCUGAGUGACCUGCGGGCGAUUAUGAUUCGAGCUCAUUAUCAUAAUGACCAGGAUGAGGUUCGGUUAGAAGGCGUAGAGAUCCUCAGUGGGCACACAGCAACAGAAAUAUGCGCGUGCCCUAACGGCUACGAAGGUUCCCAAUGUGCGCAAUGUGCGUGGACGCACGUGCGCAUCCGCCGCGCGCCCACUGCGCUGCCGGCGUUCGAGUGUGUGCCGUGCGCGUGCAAUAUGCACGCUGGGUGCGCUAGCGUUGACGGUCCGUGUGGAGAAUGUCAACACAACACAACUGGGCCGCACUGCGAGCGCUGUCUUCCGGGUCAUUAUGGGAACCCAGUGACGGGUGGCUGUAAGCCCUGCGCCUGCCCACUAUACGAGGCUAGUAACAACUUCAGUCCGAACUGUGCCCUUGCCGGUGCUGAGGGAGAUGACUUCGUUUGUACACAGUGCCCGGAUGGGUACACUGGAGAUCAUUGUGAAACCUGCGACUCCGGCUACUGGGGGUCUCCCACGACCCCGGGCGGGUCGUGCGUCCCCUGCGCGUGCGGCGGUGGGCCGUGCAAUGUGGAAACCGGCGCGUGCCUCGUGUGCCCGCCGCACACGGAGGGCGAAACCUGCGAUCAGUGUCAGGAGGGCUACUACUCCUUGAUUGAGGGGGGCGCGUGCUUGCCGUGCGAGUGCGGGCGCGGUGCGCUCUCGAGCGCGUGUGAUGUGCGCACCGGAGCAUGCGCCUGCGCACCAAACUGGACGGGCCGAGCGUGUGACAGCUGCUCUAGUGGAUAUGGGGAUGUAGAAGCCGGUUGCCCAGCUUGCCGGUGCGGUGUUGCUGCGCUAAGCGGCGCGUGCGACCCCGCAAGCGGUCGGUGCGCGUGCUCAGCCGGAGCCGAACCGCCCCGUUGUGAUACGUGUCGGUUGGAGUACUGGGAUCUGAGCGCUGAUGGCUGUAGAGGCGCUAUAAAUAUUAUUAAAAGUGCAAUAGAAUGCUAUGAUAAAGCGGAUAAAUUAUAA